UUAUUGAUGAUAUACGGACUAUUAAUGUGCUCCUUCAAGGCAUCUGAACUGACGAAGUGAGGAGUAGCUGGAAGAUGGCUCAAAUUGUACACCGUAUAUACGAUAGUACUAUAUAGACUGAUCCGCAAUACGGCAACAACAAAAAAAAUACUGACAAUUUUUUUUUCGCAAUACGGCAACAAGUAUUACUGAAGCAGACAAAUUUUGAAAAGCAAACUUCCAAACGCAUGAUCAGGCCAAUACUGACUAGACCAUGGCUACAUUCUCUCACGCCUCCCAAAUAUUUCUUCUCUCCAGAAGUUCUGGACCGUCGCUUCUCAUCCGUCCAACUGACCAAGGAAUUAGGCAUGAACUUGGCAAUGCAGCAAGACCCGGAGUUCGAUUAUCGCGCAUGUGCAAACAUGCUUCAAGAAUGCAUCACAAACUGUCAGUUUGCGUUGGGAAAGUCUCUUCAUUGCGAUAUUUUAAAGAGAGGUGGCAGUUUAGACCUUUACGGGUGGAACAUUUUGUUGAACUUCUACGCCAAGUCUGACUUUAUGCCUUGUGCUCACCAGCUGUUUGAUGAAAUGGAGGAUAGAAAUAUGGUUUCAUUUGUUACUUUGAUUCAGGGUUAUAUGCGACUGGAGCAUUACACUGAGGCUAGUGAAUUGUUUGUUAGAUUGCAUAGAGAAGGUCACGAGCUUAACCCAUUUGUCUUCACCACGAUUUUGAAGGUGCUGGUGAAUAUGGAGUGGACAGAGAUGGCUCGGAGCGUCCACUCAUGUAUUUAUAAGCUAGGUUAUGACUCAAACCCCUUUGUUAGCACGGCUCUUAUGGAUGCUUACUCUAUAUGUGGCCUUAUUAAAGCUGCUAGAGAAAUAUUUAAUGGAAUUCUUGGUAAGGAUUUGGUUGCAUGGACUGGAAUGGUUUCUUGCUAUGCUGAAAAUGGUUAUUUUGAAGAAGCACUUGACUUGUUCUGUAAGAUGAGAACGGCCGGAUGGAGACCAAACAACUUUACCUUUGCUAGUGUCAUGAAAGCUUGUCUUGGGUUAGAGGCAUUUACGGUAGGGAAGAGUGUCCACAGUUUUGCUUUGAAGACUAAUUAUUUGGUGGAUCCUUUUGUUGGUAUUUCCCUGCUUGACUUGUACACACAGGCUAGAGAUAUCAAGGAUGCUAGAAACAUGUUUGAGGAGAUACCAAAAUAUGAUGUAAUUCCUUGGAGUUUCAUGAUAGCACGAUACUCUCAGAGUGACCAGUGUGAUGAGGCUUUGGACUUGUUUCGUCAAAUGAGGGGAACAUCUGUUGUUCCAAACCAUUUCACUUUUACUAGCGUACUGCAAGCAUGCGCAACAAUGAGCGAGAUGGACCUCGGGAUGCAAAUCCAUUGCCAUGUAAAAAAAGUUGGUCUUGAUUCAAAUGUUUUUGUAUCAAAUGCCCUCAUGGAUGUAUAUGCUAAAUGUGGAAUGCUGGAAAACACAGUUCAGUUAUUUAUUACGGGCUCAGCAGACAAGAAUGAUGUAUCUUGGAAUACCAUUAUCGUUGGCCAUGUGCAAAUGGGCGAUCAUGAGAAAGCAAUGUCUCUGUUCAUGAAUAUGCUCGAACUCCAAGUGCAAGCUACUGAAAUCACAUACUCUUCCAUUCUGUGUGCUUGUGCCCGGCUAGCUGCACUAGAACCAGGCAUGCAAGUACAUGCACUGACUGAAAAAACCGUUUACAUCCAACAUGGUGCUGUUGGAAAUGCCUUGAUCGAUAUGUAUGCAAAGUGCGGGAAUGUUAGGGAUGCUCGUCUUGUCUUUGAUACUUUGAAUGUGCGAGACUUAGUCUCAUGGAAUGUUAUGGUCUCUGCAUAUUCCAUGCAUGGUUUAGGUAGUGAGGCCCUGAAAAUAUUUGAGACGAUGCGAAGCAUGGAUAUCAAACCUAAUCCCUUAACUUUUGUUGGUGUUCUUUCAGCAUGCAGUAACACUGGUUCAUUGGAUCUAGGAGAAAUGUACUUCUCCUCAAUGCGAGAGCAUUAUGGUAUUGAACCUAGUGUAGAGCAUUAUACUUGCAUGGUAUCACUUUUAGGGCGAUUAGGUCAUCUUGACAGGGCAGUCAAAAUGAUCGAGGAGAUUCCAUUUGAGCCCAGCAUUAUGAUAUGGCGUGCUCUGCUUGGGGCAUGUGUUCUCCAUAAUAACGUCGAACUUGGGAGAACUGCUGCAGAACGUGUUCUUGAGAUGGACCCACUAGAUAAUUCAACCUAUGUGUUAUUGUCUAACAUUUACGCCACUGCAAAGAAGUGGGGUAAUGUCUCGUUUGUCAGGAAAAGCAUGAAGAAGAAACAUAUAAAGAAGGAACCAGGACUAAGUUGGGUUGAAAACCAGGGAAUGGUUCAUUAUUUCUCUGUUGGAGAUGUUUCACAUCCUGAUAUUAAACUAAUUCAUGCAAUGCUGGAGUGGUUCAAUUUGAAAUGUAAGGCUGAUGGAUACGUUCCGAAUCUUGAUUCUGUUUUACUUGCUGUUGAGGAUGAUGAAAAGGCACAGCUUUUAUGGGUACAUAGUGAAAGGCUUGCUUUAGCUUUCGCUCUGAUUAGAACUCCGCAAAGUAGCCCAAUUCGUAUCAUUAAAAACCUCAAAAUAUGCAUGGACUGCCAUGCAGCAAUCAAAAUUAUUUCAGCCCUUGUGCACAGAGAAAUUAUUAUUAGAGAUAUAAACAGAUAUCAUCACUUCCAGGAUGGGAUUUGUUCUUGUGGUGAUUAUUGGUGAUACAGACUGCUUUUGGCUUUUUAGCAGUCACUGGAUGCCUUAUUAAUCCAUUGUAUAAUUGAAGCCUGUGAGUUCAGCUUGAAUCUAGGAUUCCAGAUCUGGCUAUGUGCUGAAAGUGGUAGUGCAUGAAUGCUUUCAUAAGGCGCUAUGAAAACAUUGGUCAAAAUCUGGACGAUCACCUGAGUGGACUGCUGUUCAUAUAAGCAAAAUGUUGUGAAAGUAUGAGAAACAGUCAGUCCAUGCAAUUUGGACGUGAUUUUCAUCAUUGGUCGUUUGGAACAAUCUCUUUGUACUUUAGUACAUUGGUAAGGCUGCGUACAUUCGAUCCACCUUACCCCACCACAGGUGUGAGACUUUGCGGCACUGAGAAUUUUCAGGGUCACUGUGUGAAAUGGGUGAUUGUCUUAUUGAAAAGACGUCAUUGAGUGAUGGCGAAGAAACUGGUAAAGCGUUACUCAAGCUUGGCAAAGUCCAGUUUCAGCUCCAGAAACUUGUAGAUAGUUAUCGUUCACAUAUUAACCAGAAAAUAUCAGUCCCAUCUGAGUCCCUCCUCUCUGAACUACACAUUGUUGAGGACAUGAAGAGACAGUGUGACGAAAAAAGAGGAAUCUAUGAUCAAUUGAUCCAAAAGCAUACAGAAGGGGGGGGGGGGGGGGGGUAGGGAAGCUGAGAGGAGCCAGUGGGGAGCACUUUUCUUCUCAGCAACUGAAAGCAGCUUAUGAUGAAUAUGCUGAGGGAGCAAAUGUUUUUGUAUUUCGAAUGAAGUCUCUCCGUAAAGGACAAUCCUGCAGUCUUUUUACACAAGCUGCUCGGCACCAUGCUGCUCAGGUUCCUUUUUAUGUUACACUAAGGAUUGUUUACCCCUUUCGGUUUUCAACAUCAUGGAAAAAUACAUGUAUGGCCCCACAGCAUGUUUCUCUUUUAAAUUGAUUGGAUGAGAAUUACAAUGCAAUCUAUGACGUACCAAGCUGAUUUCACUCUUCCGGAAGGCUCUGAAAUGUCUUGAGGAGGUUGAGCCACAUGUCAAGUGGGUCACUGAGCAGCAACAUAUUGAUUACCACUUUGGUGGGCUUGAAGAUGAUAUCAAGGAUGAUGACGCAGUAAAUGAUGGUGAUGAUGAUGUUGAUGACUAUGAAUCUAAUGGGCAAUCUGAAUCACAUGAUGGGGAAUUGAGUUUUGAUCGCGUUCAAGGUGAACUUGAAUAUGUAGCCACCAACCCUAUGGAGUUGGAUAACACGGAUGUUACAUUUCCUCAUGUUCCGAGGUCUGAUUUAGCAAAGGUGCCUAGGUGGUCUAUUCUUGGCUCAUAAGCAACAGCAUUUGGAUCAGAAUUGACUUUGCAGUCGACUUGCCAAAAUGAAAAGGGACUAAAACCAUCAGUCACAUUAAAAUCAUCAUUUUCUGGUUUGUAUUCAACUUUCUUAUGAUUGUAAGCACUAAGCUAUUGUAGGCUGCAAUAAAAGAAGCAAAGUCAAAAGAGGGGGUAGAUGCGGAGCUUGCAACCCUCCAUUCUGGUGUAAUGGUAAAGUGCUUGCAAUGCAGGGCUGCAUACAAGUGUUGCUGUUUCUUUUGCAUUCUUCGGCCUCACGUUUUGACUCAUGGUGCUUUAUAUGCUAUAGAAUGGAAAAAAAAGAAGCGGAUUCUGUUGGUGAUAAACUUCAAGGGGCUCAAUCUGAAGUUAAAUCGCUGUGGUCCUUGACACAAAGAAUGGCCCUAACCCAGAACGAAAUGAUUUGUUAUUGUGCUUUUUUGGAGAUUAGCUGGCUAUUUGUAGUGCGACAUGCUGCGAGAUUUAACUUGAAAUAGUAGCUUAUUCAUAUUCCAGGAAGAAGUUGUUCUCAAAAGAUGCUGGCUUGCUCGCUAUUGGGGUUUAGCUGCUCAGUAUGGCCAGUUUUUGCCUUUUGCAUAUUUUGUACUGUAAUUUGGUAUGAUGCGCAUGUUGAUUUUCAAUAUCGAUAUCAAUUUUAUAAUGUAAAAACACUAUAGUAAUUAUCUAAACAUAUCACCGUCUCGUGACAUCUUACAUGCAAGUCUAUGAAGAAGAACUUAC